AAUUUGUUUACACCAGACCGUCAAGUAUAGUAAGACACAACGAGGGAUAGUUGCAAAAUCUCCAUCUCCAACAUUCACCAGCUUAAUCGUUUUCAAACAGCUUUAAGUGUAUAAUGUUUCUCUUGUUGAGUCAACUAUUUUCCUUUUAUCUUUGUGCUCGUUGUUUCUCUGCUUUCAAAUAGUCAAUUUAAAUUUAAUAAAUAACUUAUUAUUUCAGAAUUUACUAUUAGCGAUAACUAUUGUAUUUAAAAUUAUUAUAAGUGAAGUCUGCGACUGAGAAAGUGAAGAAAAAUAAGUCAUCUGACUUAUUUGGAACCAUCACAUGACCUCUGAAUAUCUCACAUGACCUCGUAAUUGAACCCGGGAAAUGGAGCAAGUCUUUUUACUUUGUUGAUAUUUUUUUCUUCAUAAACAAUGAGAGAUGAUUCUGUCGUCUUAAUUUAAGAGAGUUAAUAAACCUACGAGUUUACCCGAUCACAUCUGGAAAGUGUUUUGCUUAUAAUUUGCUGCAAAGAUAGUUGUUGUAAAUUUAAAAUCAGUUAUGGAGACUGGUGACCAAGUUCCUGAGGAUCCUCAAUUUAUGGCUGACUUGACGCCAGAUUCACUAGAUGCCAUGGAUGAUGGGGACUUGAGAAAAGCCUGUCAAAUGGUUUUAAAAAGAGACAUAGGUCCUAUCACAGAUUCUACUAGAGAUUUGUACAAAUUAGCUGUCAAAAGAGCUUUAAUUGGCCAUCCGAUUGUAUUUGAUUCUAAUAAUGAGAAUAACCCAGAAAUCACAUCGGAAAAUGACCAUGAUCUGCUGCUUAUUUCACCAGUGACUUACAGGGUUGUUCAAGUAGUUGAUAAUACUGCAGAAAAUACUGCUGGCCAUCAUAUGGUUUCUCCGAUAAGCAGCAACUCAGGUGUCGCACAGACUAUUAUUGCUCAGAAUCAAUUGGUUUCUAAUACAUCCACCGGCUCAGCUAGUGAUGGCCCUUUUUAUGUUAUGAUGACUCCAAGUCAGGAAAUUGUUACGCAUACUAGUUUAAGGAAAAGGACAUCAUCCACAAGUGAAGGAAGCCGCAAUCCUCGAGACGAGAAGAGACGAGCGACCCACAAUGAAGUUGAAAGAAGGCGUCGUGACAAAAUUAAUAAUUGGAUAACUAAAUUAGCAGGUAUAGUGCCAGAUUGUGCGCAAGAUCGAACUAAGCAAGGACAGAUUCGCUGCUCUUUACAGUCUAAAGGAGGUAUUCUUGCCAAAGCAUGCGAAUAUAUUAACCAAUUGGUUAAAGAAAAUUCAAAACUGUCAGAAAUUAUUAAGGAAAAUGAAAUUUUAAGCAAUGAACUUGAUAGCUUACGCCUUCAACUAUUGGACGUUAAAAAAGAAAAUCGACAAUUAAAAACAACACUCCAGAGGCAUGGAUUACAGGCAGAAGAGUCUUGAAUUGGCAUGUUUACAAACCGAUUUGACCAGAUUCUAAUAUUUUUCAUCGCAAUAUUAUCAAAGUGUAAAUGCAAAUUUCCCACGAACUUAUUUUGGUAACACCAACUUUUGAGAGUUACAUCCAACAAAGAAUCAAUUGUUUUCGCUCUAUCUCUAUAUUUCCACUACUCGUACAAAGACAGUGUGUCGGAUGUUAAAACUAAACCAAAUCAAACAAACUAAUGACUACAUCAAACAAAAUAAAUCCUGAGUUAUUAUCGAAUAUGGUUAGUGAAAUCAAAAGUAAUUAAUAAUCUUCUUCGAAAAACACAGUAACCUAUCAGCAAUUGAGACUACCUUGAAGCAUCUAUUUGAUACUUGUAUUCGCAAUUUUUUUAAACUAAUGUUAGUUAACUGUUCUACUAUUAUAUUAUAGCCUUUGUAACAAAUUUACGACUCCACAGACAUACUGAUUAAUUUGAUCGAUUUUGUUUGUCAACGAAUAAGUCGCCCUUUUUUAUGGACCAACUAAGGUUUUAGCCUCAUUUAUCGAUAGGUUAUUGUACAAAACUUGAGCAGUUAGAUGAAAUCUAAAUUGUAACAUUAUAUCAUUAUCGCAAGCAAAUGAUGCAAGAAUGAAUUAAAAAAUGAUUUCAAAUCAAA